ACCAUGGAGGUCACAGCUCUCUGCUUCACACUGUUGAUGCUUGAAUUCACUCUGCUCAACAGUUACACUCAGAAAAGUGAUGCAGCUUUUCUUCGUAUCACUCCAGACAGACUGCAACACUUUAAAUCUGACGCUGUCACCUUUGACUGUGAGGGCUUUGAUGGCUCGACUAAACUGAGAGUGAUCAGGAAUAAUGUCGAAUCUGAACCAGUAUGUGAUAAGAGGACGCCAUCAGGAUCCUCCUGCACCAUUCAAAGAGCCUAUCAAGAAGACAGCGGAGAAUACUGGUGUGAGGCUGAAGGAGGAGAGAGAAGCAACAGUGUCAACAUCUCUGUCAUCACUGCUGGUUCAGUGAUCCUGGAGAGUCCCGCUCUUCCUGUGAUGGAGGGAGACAAUGUGACUCUGACCUGCAGAGACAAGACGACUUCUAACCUUAGAGCUGGUUUCUACAAAGAUGGCGUCCUCAUCAGGAGCAGCUCUACAGGAGAGAUGACCAUUAACAAUGUCUCCAAGUCUGAUGAAGGAUUCUAUAGGUGUGUCGUCCCUGGAGCUGGAGAGUCACCAGAGAGCUGGAUGGCUGUCGGAGCUGGUUCAGUGAUCCUGGAGAGUCCUGUCCUCCCUGUGGAAGAAGGCAACAACGUGACUCUGACCUGCAGGAAGAAGAUGUCUUCUUCCCACCUCUCAGCUGGUUUCUACAAAGAUGGCGUCCUCAUCAGGAGCAGCUCUACAGGAGAGAUGACCAUCCACAGUGUUUCCAAGUGUGAUCAAGGACUCUACAAGUGUCACAUCUCUGGAGCUGGAGAGUCACCAGAGAGCUGGAUGGCUGUCAGAGCUCAUCACAGAGAGACUUGUCCCUGUUCAGACCUCUUCAUACAUGUCGUCCUCGUCUUAAGGACGGUGUUCACCAUAGUGAUGGUGCCUCUGCUGCUGCUGCUGGUGGGACUGCUGCACUGUGGCAAACUCACAGUUACAGUUGCACAAACAUAAGCAGAGAAGCUCCCAUCAUGCUUUGUGAUCACUGAGAUUGUUUAACAUUGUAUUUCCAUCUGUUUUUACCUCCUCUGUUUAAGAAGUCAUGUUCAGCUGUGAGGUGUCAAACUCCUCUUCAUCACAUGUUGACACUUGCAGCAGCUGUGAGACUUUCUCACACAGAACAAGGUUCAAAACCACAGACAGCCUUUUGAAGAGCUGAAAGGUUUCUCAGCAUGUGUAGUUCUGUGUUUUAUUUUAGACUCGACAGCUGCUGGUGAUGAUUUCAGCUUCUUAGACACAAACCACACGAGUAGAUAUAAUGUAUCUGUAGAGGACGCGGUCAGGAGGCUAUCUAUCUAUCUAUCUAUCUAUCUAUCUAUCUAUCUAUCUAUCUAUCUAUCUAUCUAUCUAUCUAUCUAAUGCAGUGUAAAGUUGUACCUCACUGACAAAAAAACAAAAUAUGUUUGGAUGUUGAUAUCUGUGAAUAUUGUUAUGAUGUACAUCAGUAUGAGGACUCUUGGAAAUAAAAUAUCAAACAUGUA